AAGUGAAUUUAAGACACAGUUAGUUGGGGAAAAGAUAAAAGACAUUAACAAAACCGAACUGAUAUACUAAUAAAAGUAGCUUCACUCCAUUAAUCAUUCAAGACUUUCAACUUCUUCUCUAGGUGUCACAGCAGUAAGCUCUUUUGUUUUUUUCCCCCUCUUAAAUUGCUUCUCUCUUAUAUACCUGUUAAGGGAGAGAAUAAGCUUUACAUAUUUUCUUUCAUCACCAACAGAGAGUGUCAGAGAUGGGGUCAGUUUGGAUUCUGGGUUUCUACUUUCUGCUUGCCACAGUAUCUUCAACCGAUGUAUUUCAAGAAAAUUCAUUCAUGGAUCUCUCUGGCAUCCACCUGAACCUCUAUCAUGUCAAAUCCAAUUCCUCUCUUUUCAAUUCAAAAUCAUGGCUUCAUGAUGUACUAGCAAAAGAUGAAGAGCGCUUCAAGGCUUUCUCUUCUAGACUAGCACAAAAUGAAGCAGAGAUCACAACUUCUGCUUCCUCCUCUUCCCAUUCCAAAAGGACAACAUACCUCAAAUCCGUUAGCUUACCGUUAAACUCAGGUAUAUCGAUCGGAUCGGGGAAUUACUACGUGAAAAUAGGCCUUGGAAGCCCUGCCAAGUACUACCCUGUGAUUGUGGACACAGGUAGCUCCUUCUCUUGGCUUCAGUGCCAACCUUGUCGCAUUUAUUGCCAUAACCAAGCGGGCCCCAUAUUCGACCCCUCAGCGUCCAAGACCUACAAGUCCUUGCCCUGUGACCGCUCCGAGUGCUCUUCACUCAAGCGCGCAACUCUCAACGACCCCUUUUGUGAGGCCAAUUCACAUACUUGUAUAUACACAGCUAGCUAUGGAGACGCAUCUUUCUCAAUUGGCUACUUGAGUCAAGAUAGACUCGCUUUAAACCCAUCUCAGGUUUUGCCUAGUUUUGUAUAUGGCUGUGGACAAGACAACCAAGGACUAUUCGGAAUGGCUGCUGGGAUUAUAGGCCUGGCUCGUGACAAGCUAUCUUUGCUUGCUCAGACGUCUUACAAGUAUGGAUACGGUUUCUCUUACUGUCUUCCCUCAGCCAAGGGAGGCCAAGGAGGUGUCUUGUCAAUUGGAACCGCAUCGUUGGGAACGUUAUCCGGCUUCAAAUUCACACCGAUGGUCACGGAUCCUAGGAACCCCAGCUUGUAUUUCAUCGGGUUAUCAGGCAUAACAGUGGCUGGAAAGCCACUGGGGGUGUCUGCUGCCACUUACAAGGUUCCUACCAUUAUAGACUCUGGUACUGUCAUCACUCGCUUGCCAACACCUGUGUACUCUGCGCUGAAAGACACUUUUGUAAAGAUCAUGAAAAGAAAGUACACCAAAGCGUCGGGGUAUUCGAUACUGGAUACUUGCUUCAAGGGCAGUCUUGCAAGCGUGACGGCAGUGCCACCGAUUCAGCUGGUGUUUCAGGGAGGAGCUGCGCUGAAUUUGGCGCCUAAGAACAUACUCAUCGAAAUCGAAGACCUUGUGUGCUUGGCCUUUGCAGGAAGCAAUGAGCUUACCGUCAUUGGGAACCGUCAGCAGCAGACGUUUAAGGUGGCCUAUGAUGUGUCCAAAUCCAGAAUUGGGUUUGCUCCCGGUGGCUGCCGUUAA